CACAACAUAUAAGGAUAUUAACCCAGAUUUAUUGGUACACCGUAUAUAUACAGUGAAGCAUGCAGUAAAUGAUAUUCAUAGAGUAUCAUUCACACAAUUUCGAGUAAGUGGACAUAGUUUAGCGUGUGAGACUGGCAGGUGGAAUCAAAGAAACAGAGGUCGACUGGAGGUGAAUGAGAGGCUGUGUGUGUGUGGAGGGUUACAAACAGAGAGACAUGUAGUGCAGGAUUGUCAGUUAACACAGCAACUUAGGGAUCAAUACCAGUUCUCCACUUUAGAACAAUUGUUUGAGCAUCAGUUUACGCCAGAGAUUACUGUUCAUAACAUUUUGACCAUAUAUUAAAGAAGUAAUAAAUUAUACUUGUAUUUAAUGUUUCACACGAUUGUGGGAUUAGAGAGGAUUUGAUAAUUAUAGUAGUGCGUAGAUGUCAUGAAUAUGAUUGUUUAUAUAUAUUUUAUAAACAAGGGUCUUAAGAAUAGAUAUUUCUCCAGUGUUUAUGUUUAGCUCGUUUAUUUUGUAAUAAUAGACUUCUAGUAACUAAUAGAUGAUGGACUACGGUUAGGAAGUGAUAAUAAUUUAAUAUUAUCUUGUAGAUUAUGUAAUACUAUUAUGUACAAUCCAUUGAUAUUAUCUGUUUGCUGUGGUCAAUAAAAUAUCUAUCUAUCUAUCUAUCUAUCAAAUGCUACUAGUGUCUAGGCUCGCAGCUGUUCUCCGGAGUUAGAGGAAUAUACCAUAAUUUGUGAUAGGCUACAGUUGUCUACGUUCUUCACGGAUUUCCACUAAUUUUAUAAGGCGUGGGAAUCUCUUUUCGAAGAUUAUAAAUAUACUGUCACCUGGCCAGAUUGAGUAAUAUUCUGUUAGACAGUAGGUGUUUUUGUUACUGUGGGUAGUUUGUCCAGCGGGGUAUUACCCUCGGCUUGUGUGUACAUCGUCUAUACUGUCUGUUCCUUAGAACGAGGCUUUUUUUUUUUAUUAUUUCCAACUUGAAGGAUUAAGUUAGCAUCUGUUAUACUUCCUUCUUGGUCGGUGGGUGAAACCGAGUGCACCUCAUGCACUCUGCCUCAGAGAUUUGAUAGCAGGUGUCUAGAUUCGUUGUAUUUGUGCCCUUCACUAACCUCAUGUAAGCUUACAUGACACUGCUUGCUCACAUUUUGUUGCACCUCCUGUUUGGCAAUGGUAACUGCGCUCAGCUUCGGCACCAUCUUCUCAAAGUACCUGAUGGAAACUCGAGCAUCAUCAACGAAGGUCUCCUGGAUCUACAACAUGUUUCAUGUCUCAUCCUGUCUGGGCAGCGUGAUGGGAGCCACGCUGGUGGAGGAGCUUGGAUGGAGGAAAGUCAUAUUUGCCUCAGGGUUGCUGACUAGUCUGGGCAUGGUAAUGUCAGCCUUCACCACCUCACCUGAUUUGCUCUUCUUUUCCUACGCGAUUGUUGCAGGUUGUGUAGAGCGGGUUUUGUGUUACACUGCUAUCCAUGUAGCUGUGUCAUACUGCCCCGACCAUCAAAGUCUGGUAAACGGCAUCGUGGUGACUUGUUCAGGAUUUAGUUUUCUGAUGUCUGCACCUUUUAUUAUUUAUCUCAAUGAGAAAUACGGUUUCAGAGGAUCUGCUCUCAUCUUUUCUGCCCUUUGUUUAAACAUAUGUGUUGCUGCAAUGGUAUUUCACCCUGUUGAAUGGCACAUGGACUUCCCUUACUCCAAUUUUGGAAAAGCCAGUGAUAAUAAUGAAGCAUUUUCCUCUGGCAAGACAGGAAAAGUGUGUGUUGUUCUUUGGGACAUAUGGAAAGGGGCUGGCAACACCCUGCGUCUUAUCACAUCUCCCCACGCAGUUCUCUUAAGUAUUAUAGUCAGCUUUAACAUCGGCAUUAUUAUGAAUAUAUGGACUUUCAUACCGUUUGUGAUGAAGCAAGAAGGUUACACAGUCGAUGAAGUGUCGUUCUCCCUGUCAGUGGCUGCGGGAUGUAAUGUGAGUGGCAGACUUACGUCGACAUUCAUUGGUUUGUGUGUGACGCGGAAGAGUCAUAUUAUAUUCAUUAUGGGAACAACACUCGUAAUUGGAACACUUAUUGCAUUUGGGAAUAAGGGAAGCCUCAUCUGGAAAAUAAUAAACAUGGCCCUGUGUUUGUUUGGUUGUGGAAUCACGUCUGUUUUGAACACGAUGAUCAUCUUUGAAAAAAUGGGUGAAGAAAUGCUGCUUCACGUGAUCGGGUUGUGCGGCUUAUUUAGUGCCGUGUGGCAUCUCAUUAUUGGGCCUCUCAUAGGUGUGGUUAUUGACGCGUAUGGGAGCUACAACGCUGGGUUGUUCUUUCUGGCGGGUCUUAACACUUUCAGCCUCUUGAUAUGGGGCUUGAUGCCCAUUGCUGAUGCUUACCGUCAAAGGCGUCCCAGUCAUGCACAUCACCAAGAACAUCACCAUCAUCCACUAGAGCAGCUUAAACAGCAGCAGCAGGAACAACAACAACAACAACAACAGCAGCAGCAGCAGCAGCAGCAGCAGCAGCAGCAGCAGCAGCAUACUCGUCAACCCUUGAGGGAAAAUUUCUCUCUUUUAUACGGUGCAGAAGGACGCCCUACUGGAUACGCCUCUGUGGUGAAUUAGAGAAUGCACACACACACACACACACACACACAAACACCUGUUAUGUCGUCACCAGAUGGAUAGAUGGAUAAAAGUUUAUUACCCACAAAUUCACACACAUUUUUAUACAUCUCAGAACUUGGUCCAAUAUAUAUGUAUAUUCUUCAAAACUUACUAGUAAAUGGACGGAAAUUACACAACAGUUAUAAAGACAAACAUAAAAGCAUUAUAUCCUAAAGAGGGUCCAGUAAACACAAGGAACAUAAGCCAGUACCAUAGGUGCUUAUGUAUAUAAAGUGAGGAUCCUAUAAAUACAUUUCCGAAUAUUCCGAAUAAUCAGUCCUACGAUUAAACAAAAUUUCUAGCGUGGUGAUUCCAUGUUCCUGACUUAAAACAUUAGGAACGGAACACACUUCCACCACGCUUCUCUCCUCCAAGGUAAGGCGACCAAAUGUGACCUAUACAGUGCAUAGAAAAUUUAAACAAAGUUGUUCAUGGCUGUCGACACAUCGUCUAUAUUGUUGCCUAUUGUACCUUGACUGGUGAAAAACACUAAAUACAUUA